AUGCACACGCCUACUGCGCAAGUCGAAGCGGCAGACAACGCCCACGACGUCCUUAAACAAGACCUUGAGAAGCAACCACUUGAGUCGCGCUUCAUCACCAAAGUCUCGUUUCUCCUUGCCCUGGGCCACAGACUGAUGACGUUCCGCGAGGGCUCCUGCCACGGCGGUGUGAUGCUGGCCAUCUUUGAGGAGUGCAACUGGGCGCUGGGCGCGGCGAAGACGAUGUACGGCCUGAUGAAGCCGCUCAUGCAUGUCGUCCACUCGAGUCGAAGAAACGUCCUUAUUUUCCAUGCGCUCACUUGCUCGGGCUUGGUGGGUCCACAAGCACAUCCAGCGCGAACUACGUUGUUCGGUAUUUAG